GAAAACUAGCUUAUGUCACUUGGAGCAUAACCUACAAAUUUCAACAACAAAGAAUAGAGUAUCAGGCUGGAACUGUCAACAUACUUAUUUUUAAUCGAAUAAUUCGAAAAAAUGACGGAAAAUACGAGUAAUCCUUAUGACAUCAAUGGUCCACAUUUCAAUAACGAUAUGUACCUGCAGAGAAUCUUAAAAGAAUGUUCUCUCAAACAAAUAAUGGACCACGAGACUGAACUAAUAAAAAAUACGCAAACGCUACAUUCGGAUAUGCAAACUUUAGUUUAUGAGAAUUAUAACAAAUUCAUAUCCGCUACUGACACAAUACGAAAGAUGAAAAGUGACUUUAAUCAAAUGGAAGAAAGUAUGGAUUCUUUAGCUACAAAUAUGGAUAGUAUUACUUCAUUUUCUGAGCAAAUUUCUUCUACUUUGCAAGGAACACGCCAGCAAAUUGCUAGAUUGUCGUCUGUGCAUGCGUUGUUAAAGAAACUGCAGUUUCUUUUUAAAUUACCUAGUAAUCUCAAAGACAAGAUGAUUUCAGGAAAUUACAAUCAGGCAGUCCAAGACUACAUGCACGCUCAACGAGUCCUCAACCAAUACGGCAAUAUGCCAUCCUUCCAAGGAAUUCAAAAAGACUGCGAGGAAAUAGUCGAAGAAUUAAAAUCAAAGCUUCGUACGCAAUUUCAUAAACGAGAUGCCUCAACCAAAUCGCUAGCCGAAAGUGUUGAUCUUCUUCUUCAGUUAAAGGAACCAGCCGAUUCUCUAUGCGCCGAAUUUCUAACUUAUGCCGAAAUUCGUUUAACAGGACAGCUGGAAACGCUAAAAGACAUGUGUGAGAACGAUAUCAUCGAAUUCGUUGAUAUGGGAAGUUCUGGAUUUCUCAGCGAUUUGUGUUUAAUCGUUGCAUCCUACAGCGAUAUGUUCAUCAACAGACAACCUUUAGAUGAAAAUGAAUUUAGCGAUGAUUUUGAUACGAAAGCGGUUUCUCGCCUCAAUACAUUUAUCAUGAACAAUAUGAAAAAUUACUUUGAAUUGAUAGGAAAAAGGGUAGAAGAUGUCUCGGAUACAGCAAUUUUGGUGAGAGCACUCGAUAGAUUUCAUAGAAGACUACAAGCCAUGAAUACACUUUGCAGCGAAACGGAUUUUGCUAGGUCAAGCGUUGAUAUAGUGAUUAACGCUGGAAGGAAGCAAUGUCGCAAUCACUUAUCUUCACUAAAGCAGCACUUGAGUGAAGCUUUAGCCAAGGUAAGGCAAACUCUGGCAACAAAAACAACUCAGGAAGGCGAUGGUGGUUUGGCCGAACUUCAAGCUACACUCGUUAUGCCCAUUAUCGAAAGAGUUAAAGGCGUUCUUCAAGACCUACUGGUCUUUCUGCAAUCAGACUUGUCCUUCAGCUUAAAGCCUCAAUUUCUACAAAGUUUCUGCGUCGACGAAGUCAGAGAAAGUUUGGUUGUUGGUUUCUUGCACCACUUAACAGCAACUGCAAGUGGAUUUUGCACUGGAUCUGAUGUUCCGAAAUUCCCUCCUACAUUGCUGCUUUUGCUGAGCAAAAUGUGCCUAGAAUUUAAAGACAGCAGUGUUCAUUAUUUACUCGCUGCCACCGAUGAAAUGUUUAGUAUAGAAGAAUAUUCCAGGUCUGACAAUAUUAUAACUCCAGAAAGCGAAAUCUGUGAGAAUUUUCAAAAAGCAGCGCAAACUUUGUUGAACCAUUACGUGCGUCUUCAGGGUUUGGCUGUUUCGCAAAUGUUAAGAAAGUCAGUAGAAACCAGGGAUUGGUUGCAUACGAUUGAACCAAGAACUGUGAGAGCUGUCAUGAAAAGAGUCGUAGAAGAUAUUACGGCAAUCGAAUCUCAGGUCACUGCCCUUUACGAAGAUUCGGAUGGACAAAUGGACAGAAGCAGUGAUAGUAGUCGAAAAACUCACAGUGUCAGUAUGUCUAGACAUCAAUACCGAUCGAAUUGGUCAUCUUACACGUCGAGUCACAUGGAUUCCUCCCUAGUGACGAAUAUCCACAAAUUGUUCUCAGAACGGAUUGAAAUUUUCUCUUCCGUUCAAUUUAACAAAGCCUCCAUCCUCACGGGAAUCAUCAAAAUUAGCUUGAAGACUUUUCUAGAAUGCGUCCGACUGCGCACAUUUAGUAAAUACGGAUUGCAACAAAUUCAAGUAGAUACACAUUACUUGCAACUCUACUUGUGGAGAUUCGUGUCUGAUGAAAAUUUGGUUCACUUUUUACUUGAUGAAAUUCUGGGCAGUGCAGUUCACAGAUGUUUGGAACCUGUUCUCAUGGAACCGAGUGUAGUUGAUAUAAUUUGCGAAAGGAAUUAAUUGAUGCUGGAAUUGAUGCAAAAGGAGAAGUGAGUUGAUCAACAGAAUCAGUGAUACUAUUCCAUUAAAGUUUCAAAUAUUUAUCUGUAAAUAUGAAAUAAAAUUUGAAAUUCCUAUUCAA